AGGCUGGAUCCGGAGAACCUGACACCCACAGACCGCCUCCGACAGACGGCCCGGGUCAGCCUCAGCCGGGUUUCUGGAUCUGGUUUUGUCCCGGGGUUGACUCCCGGAUCCGGUCCAGCAGGAGGAGGAUCAGGAGGAGGAUCAGUCCGCAUCCUCCUCCUCCUCAGCUGCAGCAGCGGAUAACCGGAGGAGGACCCGGACCCGGACAGCAGCGGGGUCUCAAUGAGCGCUCCUGGACUCUGAGGGGAAUUCAAAUCUGUUUUUCGUUUCUUUCUGGACUCGGUGCGUCCCGGUCCUGCAGCGGGUCUGCUCUGCACCGGGCGGCCGGUCUGAGGACGGACCCGGUCUGGUUUGAUAUCGGGGACUGUUAGAGGAGAAAUAAAUGGUGAUUUAGUCCUGCGGGAGUCUGAGGCCCAAACCCCGGCCCCCCUUUAGAGGAACGGUGGGUUUUCUGGACCAGGACGUUUUGUGCCGAAAUAAAAUCCCAGAUGAAGAUUGCCAAAAGGCGGAAAAGGAGCGGACGGUGCGCCAGAUAAAUGGCUCUUUUAAGCUGGGAGCUGCUCGUGUUCUGUCUGGCUGGCAGAUGCAGUGCCUAGUCCCCGGCCUCCAGGACAACGCCAACAUGAACGGGACGUCCGAGCAGGCCGACAUCCUGCCGCCAAACUGCAUGGUCAAAGACCGAUGGAAAGUGCUGAAGAAGAUCGGCGGGGGCGGGUUCGGGGAGAUCUACGAGGCCUUGGACCUGCUGACGCGGGAAAACGUCGCGCUGAAGGUGGAGUCGGCCCUGCAGCCCAAACAGGUGCUGAAGAUGGAGGUGGCGGUGCUGAAGAAGCUGCAGGGUAAAAACCACGUCUGUAAGUUUAUUGGCUGCGGGAGAAACGACAAAUUCAACUACGUGGUCAUGCAGCUUCAGGGUCGUAACCUGGCCGACCUGCGGAGGAGCCAGCCCAGAGGAACCUUCACCAUGAGCACCACCCUGCGGCUCGGGAAGCAGAUCCUGGAGUCCAUCGAAGCCAUCCACUCAGUGGGCUUCCUGCACCGCGACAUCAAACCGUCAAACUUUGCGAUGGGCCGGCUUCCCUCCACCUACAGGAAGUGCUACAUGCUGGACUUCGGUCUGGCGCGGCAGUACACCAACACCACCGGAGAGGUCCGACCGCCGAGGACCGUGGCAGGUUUCAGAGGGACGGUCCGCUACGCUUCAGUCAACGCUCAUAAAAACAAGGAAAUGGGUCGCCACGACGACCUGUGGUCAUUGUUUUACAUGUUGGUGGAGUUUGCUGUCGGACAGUUGCCGUGGCGAAAGAUCAAAGAUAAGGAACAAGUUGGUCAGAUUAAAGAGCGUUAUGACCAUCGGAUGCUGCUCAAACACAUGCCUACAGAGUUUACUGUCUUCCUGGACCACGUCCUGGCCCUGGACUACUACACCAAACCAGACUACCAGCUGCUCAUGUCGGUGUUUGAGAACAGCAUGAAGGAGCGAAUCAUCACCGAGAAUGAGCCUUUUGAUUGGGAGAAGGGAGGAAGUGAUGCCACGCUGUCGACCAGUGCCUCCACCCAACCGCAGCAAAACACCCGACCCACCGCCGCCAUGGUGGGAGCCAUCGUGACGCCGGUUCCUGGAGAUCUUCAGCGGGAGAACACCGACGACGUUCUGCAGGACGAACAUCUCAGUGAUCAGGAGAACGCCCCCCCGGACCCUCCCCCCCGGACCCCCGGGGAGACGGGCGUCCCACAUGCCGGGGAGCCGGGAGAGGCCUGGGAGGACACGGACUUCAACCGCAACAGACUCAGGAUCAGCCUGAACAAGGGGGGUCCGGAGGAGGAGGUGGGUCGGGGGGCGUGUCCAGUGUCGCCUAUUCGGGGUGGAGCCCCGGAGUCACCAACGGGUCAGGGUCGGUCCUUAAGGUACCGCCGGGUCAACAGCCCCGAAUCUGACCGUCUGUCUGCUGCUGAGGGCCGGCCCGACGCCUACGGACAGAGGUCUAGGAUGGACAUCCUCGGCUCUCCGUCUCGUCACGUCUACUCCUCCCAGCCGGCUCAGAUGCUGUCUGUCGACCCUGGUUGCCGUGGCGACCGUCAGGUCAGCGGCCGCCAGGAGGUGUCGGUGGCGUCCGUUGACCAGGAGGCUCACAGCAACGCAUUCAUCCGCUCCGUCCCGCUGGCCGAGGAGGAGGACUUUGACAGCAAAGAGUGGGUGAUCAUCGACAAAGAGACAGAGCUACGAGACUUCCAGCCAACCACGUCAGGAACGACUGACGAGGAGCCCGAGGAGCUCCGCCCCCUGGAGGAGCAGGAGGAGAGGAGGAGGCUCAGGGCCGGAGGAGGGGAGCUGGUGGUUCGUCCAAAGACCCACACCAGGGAGAGCAGCCGGGGGAUGCUAACGCUAACGGAGGAGGAGGCGUCGAGGAGGAGUGGCGGGAGCCCCGCCCAGUCGCCCUGUCACUCGCUGCCAUCGGGACGCCCCCGCCGGAGAGAGUCAGAGCCCAUUGGACCUCAAAGACCGGUGUUGUCUCCCACGGAGCAGAGCGCCCCGUCGCCACCCUCCCCGGACUAUCGGACAAAGGGCCAGAGCAACGAGAAGGAGCAUUUCCACAUCCUUCCUCAGCUCCAGGCCAAGAGGGCCGACUUCCUCACCGUCAUGCUAACUGGUACCUUGCCUCAGCGCCGGAGCUUUGCCACGCCAGAUGAGGAAGUCCCAGAAUCUCCAGGUCCAAAGGAUGACGACGUCACAAAGAGCGAGUCCAACAGCGAGGCCAGUCAGAAGAGCACUGAACGUAGCCAGGACGCUGCGCCUUCAACACUCAUGGCCGAGGACCAGAGGGGCCAAAAGGAGCACGCCUCAGCUGCUGAUGCAGACCCUGACCUGGAGGAUGCUUCCAAAACCCUCGUCCUCUUCUCACCUGGAGACACUCGCAAGUCUCCUUCUGGUGGGGAUCAUGUUCUAGAGGGUGAGUUGGCCACACCGUGUGCCCUCACUUUCCGUAACGACCGCCUCCUGGUCGGGGAGCCUGAACCCUCUGAGACCGGCCGUUUGUCCCCUGCUCUCAGGUCAGACCUUAGGCCUUCCACUCCCAUCGCUCCUGCAUCACCGCCCUUCACCAAAGUUGAGCGCACUUUCAUCCAUAUUGCAGAGACAUCACACCUCAAUGUCAUGUCUUCCAACGGUCACUCUUCCAAGGACAGUGACCGGGAAGUCGUGGCGAUCAUAAAAGCAUCAGCUGUAGAGGAUGACACCCAUGAGCAGCAGGCAGCACCAGUGACAGAAGAGUCACCAGAGGAGUCUGUGCCAGACCAAACUACAGCCGUUGACAAACAUCCCAAAACUGAGAAUGGUCCGUCAACUGUCCUGGCCCAGUCUUUGGAGCCUGUCCCAGAAGCCAUGUCACCAGUUCAUGAACAUCAAGAUCUGUCGCAGGAACCUAAGAAACAGCCAUCAUCCAGUGAAGAAGCUCCCGAGCUUCAGACAACCGGAUUAGAACUACUGGCCACCAUAAAGCCCAGAAUCCGAAGCCGAAUCCCAAUACUCAUCUCUGAAGAGGACUCAGGCUCAGAGCAGUCCUCCUCCCUCUCAGCUCGGGCUCGGCUUCAGCAGCGGGCCAGGCAGCUGGACUUGGCCCGCGUGCUGGUCCAGAAGCAACAGGGUCGCUGGAUGAGGAGGAGGAUGGUGUCUGGGACGUCGUCAUCGUUGUCCUCUGGGGACGAUGAGCGUCGGAGGGCUUCCGAAACUCUGUCCACCACCGGCUCAGAGGAGGACACACAUACCUCGGACGAGUCCAGGAGGAGUUCCCGUCUCAAACCGACGGAGGAGCAAGGUUCCAAGGAGUGCAGGAGCAGGAUCCCUAGGCCUGUCACUCCCAUAAAGAGGCCUUCAGUGGGGCUUGCUGCUGCUGCUCCUUCUCCUCUCUCCUUGCCAGACUCCAGCACUACCAAAGGAGCAUCGUCCUUCACUAACGGGAAACAGAAAGUUGGACUAAGCACUCUCAGCACUCAACGGAAGUCCAAACCUGUCUCACCCAGGUCCUCCUCCUCAUGUCCCCGUCCCUCUGCUGCCCCUGCCCCGUCCGGCAGCCCUCGAAUGCCCCUGCGAGUCCUGUUUGGAACCCGACGCAGCCUUAGCUCCACCCACUGCAGGACUGACAGCCCCUCCCCUCAGAGAGUAUGUCCAUCCAGGCAGCCCCUCUCGGUUCGAGCCCCAACUGUCCCCAUGCUAUCGCCCAGGACUACAUCAACCAUGCGGCGCAGCGCCUCGCAGGAAGCCACCGCCCAGACCUCAUCUGGCACCACGCCUGCCAGGACCAGGCCUAAACCAGCUGGUACGGCUAAGGGGAAGGCAAAUGCCAGGGAGAAGGCAGUACCCGCUAGAUAAUACAAAGAGACUCAUCUCUGAGACAUGUUUGUGUAUAAUCAGUCUUCGGACAAGCUACGCCUCAAAGGUUCUCACCUGAUUCCAUAUUAGACUGUGAUGUUACAAUGACCUCCUUCAAUUCAUUUAAUGUAUACUGAACUCUUAUAUUUUCCAAGGACAGCUUACUGAACUGUCUUCACGGGCUUCCAGUAGUUUUGACUGACUGUCGUACAGGAGCGUUGCUGCCAUGGUGCUAUGGAUACGUCUGCUGCUCCCUGGUUAAUCCCUGAUUUAACUGGUUUCUGGAGCUGAGAAUCAUGGCCUCCAACAAGUUCACUUUCAGAGACUCUCACCUAACACAGUACUCCCAGCUUGUCCACAGCUAUACUACUCUUCUAUUGACAGUACCCUGCUUGGUUCACAUUGCAUGGUGAAGUAUAUCAUAAAUACAUUAAAUCUGUAGAGGGAAAACCACAUGUACCUUUAAAUUAUUUGAUAUAGUUCUCGCCUUCCUAUUGGGAUAAACAGGCCAAAAAAAAGAUCAAAUUGGACUGGUUUCAGUGACUGGAAUGAACUGUGUUAGUAUGAUAAGAGAUUCCUAAUUAUAUCCUGUAUUCAUUAUGGCCUUGGAUAAAGAGAAGAGUUGGAUGUGAACACUAAAUAAAUCGCUCGACCGCUCGCCUCCUCCUCAUGGUGUGACAAUGGGCAUGCUUUAAUCAUUCUAUUUUCUGGGUGUUUUUAUUUUGUUUAUGCUCUGAAUUGUAUAUAAUAGAAUCAUUUCCCAUAAAGACAUCUUUAUUUUUUAUCUUGCCAAGCAAAGUGUAAAUUUCAAGUCUUUAACCUUCUGUUCCAACGUGUUGGCGCUAUGCCUGUUUUUUUACGCAUGAGAAAAACAGGGUUAACCAUGAGAGGAAGUUAUACCCGCUUGGAUUCUGCUGACAGUGCAAAGGUCUGCUGGUUGUUGGAGCCCAUGUUGUGUUUGUGCGGGGUCGAUGGGCGCUGAGCUGUGAAGUAAAGUCUUGGUCAUGUGGAA